GGGAUUCUGCUUUCUCUGGACUGUGUUAUGUUUUACCUGGUUCCUGGGAUUCACACAGGGAAAUUCUGAAGAUGUGGAUGUUCUUCAAAGACUGGGCCUGUCAGGGAAAAGGCCAUCGAGCGGAUGGUCCUCAUCACGUACAGUUCCUCAAGGAGUCAUUCCUUUCAAAUCAGGGGUCAUCUUCACUCAGCGAGCACGUGUCGAAGCACCGGUCAGCACCAUCCUCCCCGCAGGCUCCAGCACUGACCUGCUCCUAGUGCUGAGCCUCUGCUCCCACCGCAUCAACAACGCUUUUCUCUUUGCUGUCAAGAGCAAAAAGAAAAAACUGCAGCUGGGGGUCCAGUUUGUGCCUGGGAAGGUCAUAGUGUAUGUGGGCCACAAGCGCUCUGUAUAUUUUGAUUACAAUGUCCACGAUGGCCAGUGGCACAAUAUGGCCAUCGAUAUCCGUGGCCAGACAGUCACUUUAUUUACUUCUUGUGGGAAGCGCAGAGUACAUGCGGAUUUGCAUUUUAAAAAGGACGAGGCAUUGGAUCCACGUGGAUCUUUCCUCUUUGGGAAGAUGAGCCAGCACUCCGUGCAGUUUGAAGGAGCCAUCUGCCAGUUCGAUAUUUAUCCUUCUGCCAAGGCAGCUCAUCAUUACUGUAAAUACCUGAAAAAACAGUGCAGGCAAGCAGAUACCUACCGGCCAAACCUGCCCCCCCUCAUCCCCCUCCUGCCCAGGGAUCCCAGUGCCUCCCCGAGCACCCCACAGCGUAUGGAGCCCUCGCUGCAGGGUCUGAGGAACCUGACUACGGCUGCCCCAGCCUUGGAGCUCGGCAGGGUCAAGACUCGGGGUUCAGGUGCAACAACCAUUGCAUUGGUAUCGUCCCCACCGUCACUGCCAAGACUGACAACCAAAGCCACAAAGGUCACAGUGGCUCCAUCUCCUGUUCCAUCGAGUACGGAAACACAACCACCCACCCGUUCACUUCCUCGGGGGACGGUGACGACCCUCAGGGUGUCUCGGCCCACUCCCAGCCCACGCAUAGAGAAAACUCCUCUUCCCACCGCCAAAAAGGCCUCACCAACCAGCCAGAGCCCUGCCACAACCAGCAGGAAGGAGUCCAAGCAAGAGACCAAAAAGACGAUCAACCAAAAACUGACCAUUGAGCCCUCUGAAGCACCCAGUACUGUAAACCCACUGAGGAGGAUGGCUGAUAACACAACCAGCAACGUCCACUUUGUCACCCUAAAGCAAACCCCACAGAACCCAAGCAAAGGCCCUGUUCCAAAGAAGCACGUGCCGUCCCCCACCAGGAGGGUGGAUGCCAGUAAUGUCCCCCUGGUGUACACCAAACCACCCCUGGGGUCUGCCCGUCCCACCUCCAGAGCCAGGGCACAGCCCUUCAACCUCACCACCCCAGCUGCGACCGAUGGCUAUCAAAUCUUCGACCCCCUUGGACCCACUCCAUUCCCAUUUUUCCUGGGGUAUCCAGGCGUGAAAGGAGAGAGAGGACCACAGGGUCCACCAGGUCUGCCGGGCUUACCAGGACCACCUGGCAAGAGAGGUCCCCGAGGUCCCACGGGUCCUCAUGGAAACCCUGGCUCACCUGGGCCCCCAGGCAUGAAAGGGCAGAAAGGUGAUCCUGGGCUGUCGCCUGGAAAAGCUCGCAAUGGCCAGAAGGGAGAUGUGGGCUUACCUGGUUUGACUGGGUUCCCUGGACCACCUGGUAGAAAGGGAUAUAAAGGCUACCCUGGACCACCAGGUCACCCUGGAGACCAGGGCGAGCGAGGACCAGACGGAAGCCCCGGUGCCAAAGGUUAUCCUGGCAGGCAGGGUUUACCUGGCCCCAUAGGGGAAGCUGGUCCAAAAGGCAGCCGGGGCUAUAUUGGUCUUCCAGGAUUAUUUGGGCUACCAGGGGCUGAUGGAGAACGAGGGAUCCCUGGAGUUCCUGGGAAGAGGGGCAAGAUGGGUAGGCCGGUAAAGUUUUUCCUCGUCUAUUAUGCAGACCUUGUUGAAUGAAACUGGAAACA